AGCUCACCGUGUUAGUCCUCAGCUUCUGUGUGAUUCUCAUAAGAGCAUCAUCUGAUGCCAAAGACAAGGUCUUCCAUCUCCAGAUGAGUCCCAGCAGAUCUCAGUUCUUCCUGUAUGAGCGUUUCUCUCUGAGCUGCGAUGCCUUAUCCCAAGGAGGUCUGCUGAAGAGAAAUACGACCAGGAAAGGAGUGGAGACCUGCCCGAAUGGUUGGGGAGCUCUGAAGAACUCCACCUGCACCAUCUAUACCACUUACCCCUUUGAUGAUGGACUCUACCGGUGUGAGACAGAGUCAGGAGAGCAGAGCCUCGCUUUAACCAUCAGUGUCACAGCCGCUCUGAGAGUUCUCCCAAACAGAUCCCAGUUCUUUAAGUAUGAGUCCCUCUCACUGAGCUGUGGAGAGCAGGCGAUCUCUUCUCAUUGGACGGUUAAGAGGAACACAUCAUACCGAACUAAUGAGGAGUGCACUGAAUCGUGGCUAACAGAUCAUGAGGAAAACAAAAAGCCAGCAAGGGUUGUAAAUGAACCAGACUACUUCCUGGAUUGUCUUUUCCCAUUUGACAGUGGAGUGUACUGGUGUGAGUCUGCAGCUGGAGAGUGCAGCCAGCCUGUCAACAUCACAGUGACCCAUGGUGUCGUGAUCCUGGAGAGUCCUGCUCUUCCUGUGAAGGAGGGAGACAGCGUGACUCUACGCUGCACCAGCAGACUGACUUCCUCCACCGUCCAGACUGAUUUCUACAAAGAUGGCCGCCUCAUCAGCAGCAGCAAGACUGGAAAUAUGACCAUCCACAGUGUUUCCAGAUCUGAUGAAGGACUCUACAAGUGCAUCUCUGGGGUUGAAGAGUCACUAGACAGCUGGAUGUCUGUUAGAGUUCCAGACCCAGCAGGUCCUGAUGCUGGUCCUCACGCCCCUCCAGUUCCUGUAUUUAACAUCCUCAGUGUUUUUUGUCAUGUAGUCGCUGGGACUCCAUACCUGCUGUCCACCAUCAUACUGGCCCUCAUUUACAGGGACAGGAGGAGAGCUGCUCGUGUUGUUUCAGAGGAACGAAGUCAUCGAGUCAUCAUGGAGAUGGAGUAGACAACAAACACAAA